AACUAACUUGGUCCGUGCACUCGGAGCGCAGGUGCCGAUUCGUCCCGAGAGCAACAUUAUUCCUCAAUUUGCGAUUGACGACCAUCGUGAGCGUACCCGUACCCGAAGCUGGUUUGAUACGCAUAUCCUCAAUUGGCACCACCACCCAUCAUGAACACUCUUCGCGUCGCCAGCAGAGCUCUGCGAGCUCGUCCCGCAGUCUUCCGCGCUCCUCUGCAGCGCCGAACUUACGCUGAUGCUGCCCCUGACAAGAUCAAGUUGAGCUUGGCUCUUCCCCACCAGGCCAUCUACAAGUCCCAAGAUGUCGUCCAGGUCAACAUCCCUGCCGAGUCCGGAGAGAUGGGUGUCCUCGCCAACCACGUUCCCGCCAUCGAGCAGCUCAAGCCCGGUCUGAUCGAGGUCAUCGAGGAUGGUGGCAGCAGCAAGCAAUUCUUCCUGUCCGGUGGAUUUGCCGUUGUUCAGCCCAACUCCGUCAUGAGCAUCAACGCUAUCGAGGGUUACUCCAUCGAGGACUUCAGCGCCGAGGCUGUGCGAUCCCAAAUCUCGGAAGCUCAGAAGAUUGCCAACGGUAGCGGCAGCGAGCAGGAUAUUGCUGAGGCCAAGAUUGAGUUGGAGGUUCUGGAGAGCUUGCAAGCUGUCCUGAAAUAGAGCGUAUAGUGGAGUGCAAGGGUCUGCAACGUGUACAUCAAGAACUUUUCCUAUAAUCAGCAUAGGCACGGCCGUGUGAAUUCAGCAUUGUUGAUGUCUCGAUACACGCUCCUUCCCUGAUUACCUGCGUGCUUUCUUCAGGCCACAUCGUACUUGCCAUGUAACCUACGACGAAGCCUUACCUAUGUUUUGCCACGAGGACGCUGUGCCGACCUUACGCCUCUGCUUGUAGCAUUCUAACGACAUGAACCUCAUUCCCCUAGCUAACUCCGUCGAUCUGGUAUCGUUAGUCUCUAGUAAAUUUUCACUGAAUACAGGUCAUACUAUCAAC